GUGAGAUUAGGGCAGGCGCGCAUAUUUGGUGUGUUCUUCGUCCCAGGGUCGAUCGAGAGGAAAGGGAGGAGCGAUGGUGUCGGAUGCGAGUAAGAAGAAAGCCGCCGCCAAGAAAGCGGCCGCCGUCGCCAAGAGAGGAUCUAAAUCAGCUGCCGCUACUUCUUCCAAGGUCGCCGACGAGCAAAAUCAGAAUGGCGCCGCCGCCGCCGCCGCCCUCAACGAAGAAAUGCAAGGGAUGAGCAUCACGGAUCGGACCUGCACGGGAGUGUUGGCAUCGCAUCCUCAAUCGCGAGAUAUUCAUAUUGAAUCUUUGAGCGUGACAUUCCAUGGACACGAGCUCGUCUCUGAUUCCACUCUCGAGCUAAACUAUGGAAGACGGUAUGGGCUUCUCGGGCUCAAUGGUUGCGGGAAGUCCACACUUCUCAGCGCGAUUGGUUCCCGUGAAGUUCCGAUCCCAGAACACAUGGAUAUCUAUCACUUGACUCGAGAAAUCGAGGCAACCGACCUCACUGCACUGGAGGCUGUUGUGAAUGUCGAUGACGAGCGCUUGAAACUGGAGCAGGAGGCCGAGAAGCUUGCUGCUCAGGACGCUGGCGGUGGAGAACCACUUGAUCGGAUUUAUGAGCGAUUAGAAGCCAUGGACUCGGCCACUGCUGAGAAGCGAGCGGCCGAGAUCUUGCAUGGUCUUGGAUUUACUAAGAAGAUGCAAGCUAAAAGUACUCGUGAUUUUUCGGGAGGAUGGAGAAUGAGAAUUGCUCUUGCCAGGGCACUAUUUAUGAAUCCCACCAUUCUUUUACUCGACGAACCCACUAAUCACCUUGAUCUCGAGGCAUGCGUCUGGCUGGAGGAGACGCUGAAGAAAUUCAGCCGGAUCCUGAUGGUCAUAUCGCACUCGCAGGACUUCUUGAACGGCGUGUGCACCAACAUCAUCCACAUGCAGAACAAGAAGCUCAAGUUCUACACCGGAAACUACGACCAGUACAUCCAAACUCGCUCGGAGCUGGAGGAGAACCAGAUGAAACAGUACAAGUGGGAGCAGGAGCAAAUCUCGUCGAUGAAGGAAUACAUCGCGAGAUUCGGGCACGGCUCCGCGAAGCUGGCACGCCAGGCCCAGAGCAAAGAGAAGACGCUGGCCAAGAUGGAGAGAGGUGGCUUGACGGAGAAGAUCGUCAAGGACAAGGUGCUCGUCUUCCGGUUCACGGACGUCGGCAAGCUCCCGCCGCCAGUCCUCCAGUUCGUGGAGGUCGACUUUGGCUACACCCCGGACAACCUCAUCUACAAAAAGAUCGACUUUGGAGUGGAUCUCGACUCGCGGAUCGCUUUGGUCGGGCCGAAUGGAGCAGGGAAGAGCACGCUGCUCAAGCUGAUGACGGGCGAGCUGGUGCCUCUGGACGGCAUGGUUCGACGGCACAACCAUCUCCGGAUCGCCCAGUUCCACCAGCACUUGGCGGACAAGCUCAACUUGGAGGUCUCGGCUCUCCAGUACAUGAUGGCCGAGUACCCGGGGCUGGAGGAGGAGAAGAUGCGAGCGGCGGUGGGACGAUUCGGGCUGACCGGCAAGGCACAGAUCAUGCCGAUGGGGAACCUCUCGGACGGGCAGAGGAGCCGAGUGAUCUUCGCGUGGCUGGCGUGGAGGCAGCCUCACUUACUUCUCCUGGACGAGCCGACGAACCACUUGGAUAUCGAGACCAUCGACUCGCUGGCGGAUGCGCUCAACGAUUGGGACGGCGGAUUGGUGCUGGUGAGUCACGACUUCCGGCUCAUCAACCAGGUGGCCAAGGAGAUCUGGGUGUGCGAGAACAAGACGGUGACGCGGUGGGAGGGAGAUAUCAUCGAUUUCAAGCAGCACCUCAAGAAGAAGGCCGGGCUGUGAUCUCGAGCGAGGAAGAAAGAUGGGGAUCGACGCGACGCGCGUGUAAUUCUAUCGAGCUAGCUAGCUAUCGAGAGAAGGCGAGCGAGAGAGAGAUUCUUAUCACACACCAUUUGUGGAUUUUUGGAAGAGAGGAGAGGGAAGAUCUCAUAGUAA